AUGCUGCUCCGCAAGCUAUUGCUCAAAGAUCGUGUUAUCGGUGAUGUUCUCUCUGUUGUUCAUACUGAACCUGUUGGUUGGUGGCAUUUUGCUCAUAGCUAUGUCCGUGGAAACUGGCGUCGUGAACGAACCUCCGCCCCGAGUUUGCUCACCAAGAGCUGCCAUGACAUCGACAUCCUCUUAUGGCUCCUGUGCUCACCAGUUGACUGUUGGGCCGAGAACAGCCAACAACCGCAUCUUCCGUCCACUGUUUCUAGCACCGGUUCGCUGCACCACUUCAAGCGUGCUCGAAAACCGAGAGAAGCUGGGACGGCCACCAAUUGUCUGUCAUGUCCUGUUGAACCGACCUGCAAGUACUCAGCCAAGCGCAUUUACGUAGGGGAAGAGUUGGCUGGACUCGAAACCGGCAAUAAAGGCUGGCCUGUUAGAAUUGUCCUGCCCGACAUUGAAUCAUAUGGGGACGAAUAUGAAGCAAGGCAAGCGUUACUUGCUGAGCUCGCCAAUGAUUAUGAUGCCACCACGCCAGAACAUGAGGUUGCGAGGAGGAGUUGGUAUGGCAGGUGUGUCUACGAGUGUGACAACGAUGUCUGCGACGAACAGAUUGUCACAAUUAGCUGGGAGGACGACGCUGUGGAAGAGACCACCCCGGGCUCUACACGGCCAUUGCCUGGUCGCACUUCGAAGACUGCAGGGAAACAAGGGUAUUCUAUCCCCGUUCAGUCGACCAAAACCAUGGGGGAGGGGAUAUUGGCUUAA